GCAGCUGUGCAGAGCCGCUCGGGCUGCUGCAGUUCCCGGUGCUGGCGCUGUAGAAACAUGACCUUCUGCAGCUUGUCUCCUAAACCACCCCGAGCUGACCUGCGCUAGGGCCCGCUCCUGCUGCGGACACAGCCGGGCAGCGUGGCUGGUUACCCUCGGUUCAUGUGAGAUGCUAGAUGUCAUCUGCAGAAGAAGAGAGGAGCUUACCUCUUCCAGAGAGAUGGCCCCGAGCCAGCAAAUUCGCUCUGUCAGCCUGUGCAGCGGCUGUGGCAGAACUAGUGACAUUUCCCCUGGAUCUCACGAAAACCCGGCUGCAGAUCCAAGGUGAAGCUGCCGUGCGCCGCGGUGGAGCUGCGGCCGGGCCGGCGGUCCCGUACCGCGGGAUGCUGCGCACGGCGGCUGGAAUCGCGCAGGAGGAGGGGGUACGGAAGCUCUGGCAAGGAGCCACGCCGGCCGUCUACCGCCACAUAGUAUACACUGGUGUUCGGAUGGUUACUUAUGAACAUCUGCGUGACUCCGUGCUUGGCAGGGCAGAGGGUGAAAGCUUUCCUCUCUGGAAAGCUGUGGUUGGAGGCAUAUCUGCGGGUGCCAUUGGACAGUUUUUUGCCAGCCCAACUGAUCUGGUGAAGGUGCAGAUGCAGAUGGAGGGAAAAAGGAAGUUGGAAGGAAAGCCGUUACGGUUUCGGGGCGUGCACCAUGCAUUUCUGAAGAUUCUGUCUGAAGGAGGAGUAAGGGGACUUUGGGCUGGAUGGGUACCAAAUGUCCAGAGAGCUGCUCUGGUGAAUAUGGGAGAUCUGACCACUUAUGACACAGUGAAACACUUCUUGCUUCUGAACACAACACUUAUGGACAACAGUGUGACUCACAGUGUCAGCAGUGCCUGCUCUGGGCUGGUAGCAGCUGUUCUGGGAACUCCUGCUGACGUGGUCAAAACCCGGAUAAUGAACCAGCCAAGAGAUAAGCAGGGAAGAGGUCUGCUCUAUAAAUCUUCCAUGGACUGCUUGAUUCAAACUGUCCAGGGUGAAGGGUUUAUGUCUCUGUACAAAGGCUUUCUACCAACCUGGAUGCGAAUGGCACCCUGGUCACUCGUAUUCUGGCUUACAUAUGAACAAAUCAGAAGGCUGUGUGGAGUUACUUCUUUUUAAAACCUUCAAUAUUCACAGAGGAGUCAAAAAGCUGAAUUCUCAUUUCACAGGGUAGUACAAUCACAUGUAUAGCUUGUUGCUCCAAAUCCAGUUGUUACUGGUUGGGAACAGCCAUGACUUAAGGACACUAUUUGAUUGUUAGACUGCUACAUGAAUUUUAUAGUAUCCACAGGAUAAAAUUGUCACAACAAUACUUCAGCUACAGCCAGCAUCAACUUUCUGAACCAGCAAACAGGAAUAAAAAAAAAUCCUACCAAGCAAAUAGAACAUAAUACUGUCUGUUUUUUAGCUAAUGGAGAUAGUUUCUAUUGCUAAAAACACGAGCAGGUUGAUCAAUGCACUGAACAAGUUCUGUGGAUAAGCAUCUAUAAAAUUAUUUGGGAAUUUUUGUUGUUAAUUGCAUUUGCACACAGAUCAAGAACUACCUCUCGUAGUUUGAUGUGUCAGCAAACCAAGCCUCUAGUGCUAGAUAUUAAAAAAGAGAAAAGCAGUUUACCUGAUUCCAAAUCUGCUUUGCACAAAAAGUGGGAGGGUUUGUGUUUCUCUUACUUCCCAGAGACUGCCUGACCUCUCCACUCAACGCUUUGAGAAAGAUCAUGAUUGAAAUGCAGUCCUGUUCCCAGAAAAUUAAAAGCCUAGUUUGCUCUGCAAUGCUCAAAGGUCUCAGGAUACUCCAUAGGACCAAGCUGAACUACUUGCCCUGUGACAAUCUCAGUGCUGAUGUGGCAACUGGGUCAUUUUCCAUGGAAAUGUGCACUCUGCCCACUUUAAAUCUUGAUGGAAAUACAACGUUCUCUUCAAUAAUGCAAAAUGUUUGAACAGGAGUGAUUUAUUUAAUUUUAAACCUAAAGCCUUCCAGAUUUCAUAGAGAAGGAGACUAGUGCUGUUCGUCACUAGCUUCACCUUUGGCAAUAAAGAGUCAAAAAUGCAGUAUUAAAAGCAGCCAUGAGUAGAUAAAGCAAAGCUGUCUUUGAUUUAGUAAUAUCUAGUAAUUGAGUUAAUGUAGAAAAUGUGGAUUUUUUAAUAAAGCCCCAGAAUUUCUUCUAGUAUUUGCA